GUUGCUACUAUAAGUUAAACCCUUCCUUAAACCCUUCAUCAUAUUACUCUUUAACAGCAAUUUUUUAACUCUGAUUUUGUUGUUUUCUAAUCUCUGAAUUAUGAGUUCUUUGGCAGUGUCGGGCCCUCGCUUGUUCUCCUCCGUAACCACUCGCACGGUGUCCGGAGAGUCUGUGGCUACCUAUAUUCUGACGGGUUACAGCAAGCUUGCGAUUGCUGGCGUGAAAUAUAGUCGAAAUUUGGCUUUACAUGUGAAGGAACGCGAGAAGAAACAGAAGGCCACCGUCACCACCGGUGACGGUAGCAAUAACGAAGAGAAGAGGAGCGUGAGUUACGAUUACAGGCUUGGGAUUGGCGUGGAAUAUAGGAGAAAUUUGGCUUUACAUGAGAAGGAUCAGAAGGAGAAUCAGGAGGCAACAGAAACCACCGGUGACGGUAACACUAACGAAGAGAAGAGGAUCUUGAGUUACUGGGGUCUGGAAACUCCUAAGUUCACUAAAGAAGAUGGUAUUGAAUGGCGAUGGAACUUUCGGGUACACAGAUCAGACCUUCUUCUAAUACUACAAUCUCCUGCAACCUUUUGUUAUUAA